AAGUUAAUGUAGCUUUUAUUAAUACUCUGUUAAACUAAAUAAUUCUUAUUAAGGAAUCAUGGAUUUUUCAAAAGUAUUAUUAACUCUACUCUGUUUAGGAUUUGGAUUUCCGUGUGCACUUAGUUUUCCUCAAAAUACGACCAGUUUGAGAUACGACGCCCGUUAUUUUACUAAUCCCAUUCUCGACGAGUUGGCAGCGGAUCCAUCCAUAAUAAAAAUAAAUGGGUGGUACUACCUGGUCUUUACGCAAGGGGAUAGAAUCGACGUACUGAAGAGUCCAAUCCUUUCAAAUUUUCGAAACGUGGAGAGAAAAACGGUUUAUUUUACGCCACGAAAUCGAGGAAGUCUUUGGGCACCGGAACUUCACUUGAUUCGAGGCGGAUUAUACAUGUACUUCACGAUGGAUGACGGUGUGGAUAAUGAUAACCAUAGGAUGUACGUGAUACAAGCGUUAGACCCGAAUAAUCCGUUGGGACGGUGGAGUAGGGAAAUACGCCUUCUCCCCGAAGAAGAAAUCUUCGCCAUUGACGGAACCGUGUUGCAGUACGGAAACGGAGAGUUGUACUUCAUCUGGUCCGGAUUUCCGAACCCGAGAGGCUCCAUGAAUCUGUAUAUUGCUCAAAUGGAGUCACCCACUCGCGUUUUCCCCCCAUGGACACUGCUUCGAACACCCACGAUGGACUGGGAGAAGCACGGCUAUCCUGUGAAUGAGGGUCCAUUCAUCAUUCAAAAUGAGGGGCGGACUUUCCUCGUAUUUUCCGCGUCUUCCACCUUCACGCCAAACUACUGUUUAGGAAUUAUGGGGAUUGAUGACCUUAGAGAUCCGCUAGUUCCGAGGAAUUGGUGGAAUGACGUGAAUCAUUGUGUGUUCGAAAGGAACGAUGCGGAACGUGUAUUUACGACGGGACACGCCUCUUUCGUGCGGUCGUUGGACGAUUCCGAACUUUGGAUGGUUUAUCAUGCCACGGAUGACGUGAACGAUAACGGUGUACAUCGUACAGCACGAAUUCAAAAAUUGGACUGGAAUCCGGAUAAGGCUCCACGAUUCCCGGCAGCUAUUGGUGUUAACAAGCCGAUCAAGGUACCAAGUGGUGAAUACGGAAGGAAGACCAAGAAGGAAAAUUAAGAAUAUCUCAGCACCGAAAUGGUUUUGUUAUAUACAUAAUCAUUGUGCAAAAUAAAAUAAUUGACUUGAA